AUGAAUGUUGUAUUCCAUGAUGUGUCUGAGUUGCAUUCUGGGAAGGAGAAGUGGAGAAUUAUGGUCAAGGUCAUUCGGAUGUGGUAUAGCCAAGGCUUCGCCAGUUCCAAGCUUCCUCUGUCACUUGAGGUGGUUCUGAUGGAUUCUAAGGGUACCAAAAUCCAUGCCUCCAUCAAGAAGACAUUGAUGUACAAGUUUGAUAAGUUAUUGGUGGAUGGCAACGUUUACAGUCUUUCGUCGUUUGUUGUAGUCGAUAGUUUUGGGGAGUACAAAACCACCCGUCACAAUUACAAGAUCAGCUUCAUGUUUAAUACUGAAGUGCGUGCUUUGGAUAAGAACCCUAUGGAUAUUUUUCCUUACUCAUUUGUGUCUUUCGCUGAGAUUUUGUCUCCCGCCUUUGAUACAACAUUUUUAGUGGAUGUAAUUGGCAUACUAACUGGGGUUGGUGUUGAGAGGGAGAUUGUCACAAAUGGGAAGAAAUCAAAAAUGAAUGUUUUGGAAAUAGAAUCUGCAGGUUUGAGGAUUGAGUGUGCUGUGUUUGGAGUAUAUGUUGAUGAACUCAACAAUUUCCUUGGAGGCGGUGAUAUCAAUAACCCUGUUGUAAUUGUGCACUUUGCCAAAGUUAAAUCAUUUCAGGGGCACAACAGUUUACAAAAUGUCCACGGUGCUACUAAGAUUUUGUAUGAUCCAGAUGUUCCUAUGGUCGCUGUUAUGAAGACAAGGUUUCUUGAAUCCAGUGAGAGUGGUUCUUGGUCACUUAGCCAGUUGUCUGAAUCUAAAUCUGUUUCUGGGGAGGAUGAAUUUUUGGUCCCAAAUUUUCGUAAGACAAUCGCAGAAAUGAAGGAUCUGAAGAAUGAUUGUAUCUGUGUUGUGUAUGGUAUAAUUUGCCCCAUGGAAGAUGGUGUUGAAUGGUGGUAUACUGCAUGUCGAUGUAACAGAAAGGUGUAUGCUGAUGAAAAGAUGUAUUUUUGUGAGGGCUGCAACCGCCAUGUUAUCGCUGUCUAUCCUAGGUUGUAUGUCGAUCCUUACUUUGUAUUUACCAUUGAAGUAUUAGCGUUUUGUUUUUUAUGUUCUGCUUUCAAAUCUGAUAGGUAUCGUCUUCAGUUAGUGGUAGAAGAUGCCACUGGCACUGCUAAUUUUGUCCUUUUUGAUAAGGAAGCAUCACUGUUGGUGGGUAAAUCUUGCACUGAAAUGGUUGACGCAAGUGAGAAGGUUGUUGAUGUUUAACUUUAGUUACUUUACCG